UACAUGAAAUUACAUAAAACCCAGAGUUCUUCUUUCAAUGCACAUUCUCUCAGAGAACGAGUCAGAGGUGAGACCAGAGCUGCAACAUGUGUUCCUGCUCUAUUAGAGGCUGGCUGCUUUUCUUCACAAUCCUACAAGUGAUUGGUGGCAUGAGUUUCAUUGUCACCCCUUGGAAGUAUUACAGGAGCAGAGAAAAUGACCUAGAUGAACGUCUGUCUCCUGUCAGAUGGACUAUCUUCACAGCAGGUGUGGUCUCCUUUCUCCUUGGCAUCACGGGUCUGCAUGGAGCUCGUAAGAAGAACAAGAACUUCCUGAUCACGUAUUCAGUUGGAUCUUGUCUGCGAUGCUUUGGACUGGGGUUUCUGACCUACUACCUUCCACCACAGCUUCCAAAUAUGAUGAAAGCCUGGUAUGAAGGGUACAUCCCGUUGCACACAAAUGGAAGAGAUGUGGUACCAGGACUGACGGAACUGCAAACCACUGGUGAAUGCUGUGGAUUGGUCAAUGGGUAUAAAGAUUGGGGUUCUCAUGUCCCCUCCUCGUGUACAUGCAAUCCACUCCGACUAGAGUCCUGUGUUUUUACUGAGCAUGGCUUUGUUUACAAAGAAGUGAGUCUUGGUUUUCCUCCUUGUCUGGAUCUAAUUGUGAAGAUUUCCAUGGACAUGAAUAUUGUGAGGAACACCUGUAUUUUCUACGUGGUCAUUACGGCCAUUGUAAUGCUUCUGGCGUUGGUAAUGACCCGUAGACUCCAAAAAGCCUCCUCGGCUGAGGUGACCAUGGAUCUUAGCUAUAGAAACGCAACCAACAUGGAAAUGGCAACUACUCCUCAAGCUCCUCCCAUGCUGCCUGCCACACAAGCUCCUCCCAUGCUGCCUGCCACACAAGCUCCUCCCAUGCUGUCUUCAACACAAGCUCCUCUUCAUGCCAGCUCUUAUUACCAGCCACCUCCUCCGUACCAGUACGAUGGGAAACACUAGAGGGACGUGACUGACCUGCGAACCCAUGUUGAAUUUCCUCAUUGGUUACAACUGGACCAGGGUUAGGUUUAAGGCUAGGGUUAAGGUUAGGGUUGGGGUUAAGGUUAGGGUUGGGGUUAAGACUAGGGUUAAGGUUAGGGUUGGGGUUAAGACUAGGGUUAAAGUUAGGGUUGGGGUUA